AUGAAGUUUUCAGUCUUAUCACUUGGCCUCAUGGCCGUUUCUACUCUGGCAGCACCCUCGGGUUUUGUCAAGCGCCAAGCGUCUCUAGAGGAUGUUGCAACCACUGGUUUUGCUACCACAAAUGGAGGCACAUCGGGAGGCAAGGGAGGCAAGGUCGUCAAAGUCGCCACUCUUGCUGACCUCGAGGCUGCUGUCAAGGGCGAUGCGGCGGCUAUUGUUGUCAUCACUGGACCCAUCUCUGGAAAUGGAGAGAAUGUCCACAUUGGUAGCAACAAAUCAGUCAUUGGCAAGGACUCGUCCGUUGUCCUCACUGAUUUCACACUCACAGCCAAAGACGUCAAGAACGUUAUUAUCCGUAAUGUUGUCGUCCGAAAGGUUGUACAUGGCGACGCCAUUGCGAUUCAGAAGGCCCAGAACGUCUGGGUUGAUCAUGUCGAAGUGUCAUCGGACAGGUCCCACGACAAGGAUUACUACGACGGCCUAAUCGACAUCACACACGCAGCCGACUUUGUUACCGUCUCUAAUAGCUACCUACACGACCACUGGAAGUGCUCGCUCGUGGGACACUCUGACAAGAACGGUGCCGAAGACAAGGGCCACCUCACGGUCACGUACAACAACAACUACUGGCGCAACAUCAACUCGCGCACCCCAUCUAUCCGCUUUGGUACCGGCCAUAUCUACAACAACUAUUACGAAGACGUCAACGACGGCAUCAACGUGCGCCAAGGCGCACAGGUCCUUGUCCAGAACAACGUCUGGGUCAACCCCAUGAAGGCGCUGUACACUAUCGACGAUGGCUUCGCGGUCGCCUCUGGCAAUGACUUUGGUAACAGCAGCAACACUGCGCCUUUGGGUACGUUGACAAAGGCGCCAUAUGCGGUCCCCCAGCUUCUUGAUGCCAAGGAUGUCAAGGCUGCUGUUGUUGGUGUUGCUGGUGCGACACUCCAGUUUUGA